AUGGAAUUAUAAAGUUAAGAUAAGAAAUGGAUAGUGAUGAAAAAGAUUUGGACAAGUUUUUAGGGAAAUAGGUUGUGCUUUCUUAAUGAUAAAGUCUUUGCCUUUCAACCAGAUAAUAAGAAAAUCACUCAAAUAUAUGAGAUUAACAAUACAAAGAAGCAAUAUGAUAAAAAAAAUGAAAUUGUACUUUAAGGUAAUGAUGAUGGAAGUAUGUUAUUCCCAUAAAAAUUCAUUAAGGAACAAUCGUUAUUAGUUAAUAAAUAUUAUACAUUCGCGAAUCUUAUGAGAUUGGAUGAAGACGGAAAGUUAUUAUCAAAAUUAACAAUUGAAUUUAAUACAUAUGGUAUUUUCGGUACAAUAAGUCCUGAUGGAGAAUACUUGAUCACUUGGAAUUACAAAACCAAAGAAAUUGAAGUUAGAAAGUAUAAUGAUUGA